AUGAGCCUAGAAUUAUCUGAUCAGGGUUCUAUCGGGACUGGUCUCGUCCAUGAGCCUUACGAAGCAUAUGAGCAUUCGAUCAGCUCAUCUGCCAGAUCUUCCCAGUCAUCCACAUUCUCGGACGCUUCAGCGCACAGCUCCGUAGCGACCUCUAUCUCUGAUGACUUUCGGAGCAGCCAAGAAGAUUUGCGUGAACAGGAUCGCAUUUGCGCUCAGCCACAUCUUCAAUACCAAUCCCAAAUUGGUCAGGUCAAGUAUGGCGAAUUGAAUGCGGCUGUUGCUGCGCAUCUCGGCCAAGCAGGCGCACAUGCUCCACCUACCUACGCCGAUGUCACUUCUUUGCCCGCGACUCAGCGACAACAUCCCCGGCGAUGUUCCGUCUCGAAAGAUCGAAGACCCCCUUUACUCGUCAGGCAACGCGACCGCAAGAUUGACUUUGUCGACAACCUCGUUGAUUCUGCCACUCAAAUGGUAGAGGUCAUUUGGCCAUUGUCGGCACUUGCCUGUCAGGCCGAAGGAGGUAAUGGUCGUGGCGUUCUGCCGCUCCGCACAUACAUUGAAGAGACUCUGCGUCGCUCUCGCACGAGCUACUCGACCCUUCAAGUCGCCUUAUAUUACUUGAUCCUGAUCAUGCCCUCGGUUCCGGCUGCUGACUUUACCAUGGAACAAAAUUCUUUGUGCCUUGAGAACCGUGCGCUCAUGUGCGGUCGAAGGAUGUUCCUCGCGGCACUGAUCCUGGCAUCGAAAUAUCUUCAGGAUCGAAACUACUCCGCGAAGGCAUGGAAAAAGAUGUCUGGUCUGAGCGUCACGGAGAUAAACACUAAUGAGAGGACUUUUCUCGAGCGUGUUAACUGGCGUCUCCACGUUCCGGCAUCCACUUUUGAGAAGUGGCAAGAGCUGGUCCUGCGAUACACGCCUCGCCCUCAGACUCCAGAUGCACACCUGAGCUCGAGGACAAUGACGUGGAAGCAAGUGGUCCCACUGCUCACUCCCGAGCUGGACAAUGUUCCCAUGCCCAAGGAAGCACCAAAGCCGCUUGCACAGCCAGGCUCUUCUUUCUUCGGUAUUUCCACUCCGGUGGCAACGCCAACUCCUGUCAAGAAUGCAAGCGAUAUAUUCGACUUCUGCACCACCUCGCAAGAAAGUACGCCAACGCCUUCAACAGUAUUGCCGCGCUUCCUGGAGCCGAAGACGGAUGUUCUGCCGCCAACCCCGGCUCUGGUCCGGUCACGUUGUCUACCAACACCGCAGAUGACACCGAACACAUGUGUCUCAAACACUCCUGCAGCGAGUGUUUGUAGCUCUCGUCGGCCGUCCAUGUCUUCGGCCAUGACGCAGAUGCGCAGUGCCAGCUUCACACGCUGUGCAGUUGACGCGUUCUCGAAUGCUGAUCUAAGACAUCACCUCUCGAGGCGAUCUUCAUUGUUGAGUACAGCCUCCUUGAACUCGAGCCCGGAAUCAAUGGUCACCGACCGUUCCCGAGCAUCACGCUCCUCCUCAAUCUCUUCCAUGUCUGCCUUUUCCACAUCGUCGAUGAUGACAGCGCCGCGCCCCUGCUUGGCUCGCCAAGCAACAUGCCGGAAUGUCAAGUUGCCGCUGCCUGCCAGUUUACGUGAACACAAUGAGGAAGGCACGGCCAACAAGCCUAUCAUCAUUGACGACGAUGUCGAGAUGACCGCGAGUCCUGACUUCGCAGACUUUUCUGUCAGCGAGAAGGUCCUCCACGCACCACAUCGCCACAGCAAGCACGCUACUCACAUCAGGCCUGCCGCUGCCGUUGAGCGCUCGCGCAAGCGAGGCCGGGUCCAUGGAGGUCACGGUCGCUCCGACAUGGAAGACGAAAUCACGUCGCAGUUGCAAGAUUACCAUGCAGAGAAGAUGGAGAUCGACGAGCACUCAAUUAUGCGACACGCUACCUCCUUCCGACUCCUACGCGCCAUGAUGACAUGA